CACUUCUGGUAUGUAAAGAAUGGAGCUCUUUCAACAUUUUCGGUCAGUGAAACUAUUUGCAGAUCUGGGAUCAGCUCUACUUUCAAAACAAUGCGAUGGUUUAUGAAGGAGAAAGCACAAAACUGACCUGAGUUCAGUGUUUGGCGAGACCGUUCUAGUCCGAAUCCUCUAAUGUGGACCAUGCAGAACUAGCCCAGCCUAUAAAUAAUACUGACAAAUUUCAGGGGAAGAGAACACUGAACCUGAAGAAAACAAGGGGAGCUUUGUGAAAUGAAGAAAAUGUGGUUUUUCCUAAAAGUCAUGCCAGUGUUGCUGUUCUUGACUCUGCUGUGCCCAGUCUUGGUCUCCUCUUCACAGCUGUCUGCUAUGUGCGGGCCUGAGUUUGCUGUUCUCAAGCGCAGCAUAAGGAAACUGGAAAAUAGUCUUUUGAUCAGAAAAUGGCAGGUUGAGCACUUGCAGACGCACAAAUACUUCCGUCCUUUUCAGCCUGCUGCGUCUAACAGCAAACCUCAGGCUGAUUCAGACCCCGAUUCUGGUUUAAACCACAACAAGAGCGCAGCUCUAGAUGGACUGGAUAUGACGCUUACUAAACCACUUCCACCGGCAGGCAAUUUAAUUGUUUAUGAUAAAGAUUGUUCUGAACUGUUCGACAGACAGAGACCAUCAAGCGGUUUCUACCGCAUAAGACCCAAAUUAGACCAGGAGCCCUUUUUAGUUUACUGUGACAUGGAUGAUGGAGGAGGGUGGACAGUGUUUCAAAAACGCCGGCAUGGAAGAGUUGACUUUCACAGAGACUGGGUGGACUACAGAGAUGGCUUUGGCGACUUCAAACUGUGGAAUGAUGAGUUUUGGUUGGGCAAUGAACACAUUUACUCUCUGCUCUCAGAAGGUAAGAACCUUGUGAAGAUCGAUCUUGUGGAUUGGGAUGGAGAGAGAAGCUAUGCGUUUUAUGACAACUUCAGGAUCACCAAUGAGGCUGAUAAAUAUCGUCUUCAGUAUGGGCAGUACAGUGGGUCAGCGGGAGAUGCUCUCAGUGGAAGCAGGGGUGUGGUGGAGCAGUGGUCUUCUUGCCUCAGUGGCAUGCAGUUCAGCACCAGGGAUCAGGAUAACGACCGGUACCUCCAGGGAAGCUGUGCCCAGGAGAAUAAAGCAGGUUGGUGGUACAACAGAUGUCAUGCAGCCAAUUUAAAUGGAAAAUUCUAUCGCAGAGGGAAGUACAAAGCCGAGUAUGAUGACGGUAUUGUGUGGGGGACCUGGAAAGGCCUUUGGUAUUCACUUAGACACACCACCAUGAAGGUGCGGCCUCUGGUUUUCCUGGACGCCGUUGGCAGUGGAGCGGGCGAAAUUUAAAAACCUAAAGGCUGAAAAACAAGAGCAAACAUUCUUUGCCAUGUUUUAAUUUCUCCCUUUGCGAUUUUUUAAAAGAAUUUAUCAAAUAUCAGUAAUACCAUAUUGUAUCCAUUUCUUUCUGUAAAGUGUCUAUUAACCAAACAUUAAAAUAAACAGCAUUUCAUCCAUAACCUCUCUGAUGUUCAUUUGAUUGUCCUCAAGCAUAGUUACAAUUGAUACAACUGUGUAAUUUUCAUUACAUAUUUGACACUGCUUAGAUCUCACAUUAAACAGUGAACCCUAGUGUAGCUGGUGCCGUUUCAGUAUAGGCAGCACUAUAAAAGAAACACAUAUAGCAAUGUGGAAAUAAAACUAGAACAUUAUCUAGGUCUAGGUAUUGAUUUUACGAGUGCAUUUAGAUAAUGUGACAGGUUUAUUGUACCAGCUGUUGAAGUACAGAGCAGAAAUGUAUUUCCAAAGUGUGUUAAAAAUCUCAGCAAUGGCAUACAGUGAAUUAAAUAAAACUUUACCAAUUCACAAAGUCAGUAAUAAUAUUACAAAAUAUCAAAACAAACCUUAAAAAAGUCUAAAAUAAGAACUUUAAAAGAUAAAAACAUAUAGAGAUAAAUCCGUAACAUUACAAUACAUAGGUGGGUA